AUGUGCGGCAUUUGGGCCAUAAUUGGCGAACAAGUCACCCCACAACAGCAGGAUGCGUUCAUGAAGAUCGUGGGCCGUGGUCCAGAUCUUACUGUACUGGAUGAGGUCCAACCGAAUGUACAUUUGGGAUUCCAUCGCUUAGCAAUUGUUAUGCCCGGAGAUACUCCAAGCGCUCAACCAAUUGUCGGCGGCGGUUUGUCUGUCGUUUGCAAUGGAGAGAUCUACAACCAUCAGUCGCUGAAGAUCGAUUGCCCUUACACUUUGAAAAAUGGUGGAAGCGAUUGUGCAGCAAUCAUUACGUCAUUCAUCAAGCACAAUGAAGACCUCAAGGAGACCUGCGCUUCGUUAGAUGGAGUCUUCGCUUUCAUCAUGGCAGACUCAAAGAACGUCUACAUCGGACGAGACCCCAUCGGAGUCAGACCACUUUUCUAUGGGUACAAUUUGAACGGUUCCCUUCUCAUUGGGUCCGAAGUCAAAUGUAUUGAGGAAUUGUGCGAGAGAGUGGAAUAUUUCCCACCUGGAUGCUGUGCGACGAUCAGCUUGGCAGCUCCGAGCAGACCUAUUCAGCCACAGCAGUACUAUUCGGUUCCAAGCAUUGCGGAUAGAUUUUUGAGCAUUGAAUGCACACAAACCUUGGUUCGAGAUAUUCUCGUAAAGUCUGUUGAGAAACGAUUGAUGGGAAAUCGCAACUUCGGAUUCAUGUUGUCAGGAGGACUUGAUUCCUCGCUGAUCGCUUCCAUUGCCACCAGAUUUUUGAAGCAGAAACCAGUCGCUUUCUCGGUUGGAUUUGAAGACUCUCCGGAUCUCGAGGCCGCUCGGAAAGUGGCUGACUACCUGAAAAUCCCACAUGAAGUUCUCGUGAUCACGCCACAGCAAUGUGUUGAUAUUAUUCCAGGUAACCCACCCACUAUUAUUGACUCAACCCCUAAUAUUUAUCCGUCUGUUUCAGAGGUGGUAUUCGCUCUGGAAACAUUUGACCCACUGAUCAUCCGAUGUGGAAUCGCCCACUAUCUCCUUUGUCAACACAUCUCAAAGAGCUCAGAUGUGAAGGUUCUGUUAUCAGGAGAGGGAGCAGAUGAGCUCUUCGGAAGUUAUGCUUAUAUGCAAAGAGCACCAAAUGCUCUUCACCUCCACAAGGAAAUCCUCCGCAGAAUGCAACAUCUCCACCAGUACGAUGUGCUCCGCUGCGAUCGUUCCACCUCUUGCCAUGGCCUUGAAAUCCGUGUUCCAUUCCUUGACAAAAGAUUCAUUGACCUAGUUAGCCGUCUUCCACCAACCUACAAAUUGAUGCCAAUGAAAUUGGAGAAACAUCUGUUGAGAAGUGCCUUUGAAGGAUGGUUGCCGGAUGAGGUUCUUUGGAGAAGCAAGGAAGGAUUUGCUGAGGCUCUGGGAAAAACUGAUUUAGGUGAUAUUUUGGCUAGUCAUUGUGAUAAGCUGAUUUCGAAGGAAUUGUACGAGCAACGGGCGGAGCGCUUUCCGGACAGGACGCCAGAAACGACAGAGGAAUAUUGGUAUCGCCAGAUUUUCGAGGAAACUUUUGUCUAUGAUAAGAUGGGACACUUGGUGCACACCAAGGUUUAUAGAACCGCUGCUUGGCACCGACCCGACGAGAAAGAGAACAUCAUCAAUUCCCCCGAUUCCGAAAACAUCCUGGACGUGAAAUCCGACGACCUCCUCCGACUACGCCGACGAUCGACUGGAUCCCUUGGUGUUGCGUAA